AAAAGAAAAAAAAAAAAGUUUUGAGGAAUUGUGUGAAAAAGUGAAAAUUACGGAGUCUCUAGGAAUUAUCUCAAAAUGCUAUCGUCCUUAGCAGAUGCAGUCGGGACAAGUGAAUCAGCUUUAAGACUUUUAAUAUCUGUCUUAAUCGCUUAUCCUAUCGUCAUAUUUUAUCGGCUGUUUCUACAUAAAAAUAGCAACAUAACAAGGAAUGAAACUAAUUUGAUAUUUACCGUGUGCGGCAUAUUGAUUUGUAUUUUUAAUUAUGGAUAUGAAGUAUAUCACUCACUGCUCAGCGUCACUUUUACCUACAUUAUCAUUAAUCUCUUAUACAAAUCAAAAUAUCUUGUGCCGGUAUCGUUCAUAUUCCACAUUUCGUAUUUAUUAAUAGGCUAUUAUAAAACGUCAACAGAGAACUAUGAUAUUUGCUGGACGAUGUGCCACUGUGUUAUGGUACUGCAUCUAAUUGGACUUACUUUUGAUGUUUCGGAUAGUAUAAAGAAGCCAGAAGUGCUCGGAAUAACUGAUUCAAGACCAUAUAAAAUUCCAUCAUUAGUUGAAGUUUUUGGAUUCGCCUAUUUUCCACCAACAGUCAUCAUUGGACCUCAGUUCUCAUUUAAACGAUAUCUUGAAUUUGUGGACCAUAAAUAUGACAUCGGUCUUCAGCACUUUAGUUUUGGACUUACACGAUUCUUAACUGGAGUGCUUUAUCUGAGCAUUUAUCAAUUACUAUUUAUGUUCAUAGUGCCAGAUAACUUCUUCAUGACAAGUGAAUUUGAUAACAAGAAUCUUAUCUAUAAACUUCUUUUGGUUGGACUUUGGGGACGAGCCAGUUUGUACAAAUAUAUUUCAUGCUGGAUUCUCAGUGAAGGUGCUGCAAUUUGUGCGGGCUUAGCGUUUGUAUCGAAAGAUGAGAAAACAGGUGUCGAAGAUUGGAGCGGCUGUUCAAACAUAAAGCUAAGCGUUUUCGAAAAUACUUAUAAAUUUGGUGACUAUGUCAACUCAUUCAACGUGCAAACAAACAAAUGGGUUCUUAAUUACGUCUACAAACGGCUGAAAUUCUUGAACAAUAGGAGCAUAAGUCACAUUUCAGCAUUGAUGUUUUUAGCAGUGUGGCAUGGAUUUCAUGAUGGAUAUUAUAUUACCUUCUUCUUGGAAUUUAUUAUAAUUCAUUUCGAAAAGGAGAUUGAGCCAAUGUUUAAGAAGAAUCCAAAAUUUGUAGAAUUCAGCAAAAAAUUCUACGUGCAAGUCAUCAUUUGGUUAAUCUUGAAGCUCUACACAUUCGUUAUUGCCGGAUAUUGUCUCAUACCAUUCGUAUUCCUUAGUUUCUACAAAUGGUGGGCGAUUUACAAGAAACUUUACUUCUUUGGAUUCAUUGUAAUCCUUCCGAUGCCAUUGUAUGCUGAAAUUGUCAGAAAGGCAGUAAAAAUUUUCUUCCCGUACGAGAAGACAGCAGAUGGAGUUGUGGAAUCAAAGAAUGAACCAAAUAACGUGAAACAUGAUAAAGUCAAUUAACAAGAUAAUAGGAAAUAGUGAGUAGCUUGAAAGAAAAACGUUUUAAACGAUCCCUGGAAGACAAUAUAAAUAUUUGGAACUAAGAAUCGAGUAGAAAUUCUGGAAUAGAAUUUGAUUGAAAGACGCUUUAAUUGAGAUCAUACAAAACCACUAUAAACUAAUUAAUAAUUUAAAUGAACAAAUAUUUGGUAGAAUGUAUCUAGUCAGUCAAAUAUGAGAAUCGAUUCUCAAUCCCCCCAAAAAACUUUUUUCCUUCUUCUAUUUGAUCUACAUUUGUAGCUAUAUAGUCAAUUACUAAAUUAUUAAAUGGGGUUCACUUGUGAGAUGCACGGGAGGAAGAGAGGAUUAUAAGGGGGUUUUUGAAAUGCCAUAAGUGAACAAUCCAAAGUGAAUUAAUAAUUUAAGAGAAAUUUAAAUCGAAAAGAAAUUUAGAAAUUGCCAUAGAAUAUGUUAGACUAAAGGAAGCACUAACGAAAAACUAUUAAUAAACUCUCACGAUAUGUUAUUGAAUUUUAAUAGUCUUUUUUUUCUUUUCAUAAAUUUAAUCCUUAUGACUCAGACGUCUGAGCUCUUAUUUAUA